CUUUUCGAUUCAAAUUUAAAAUAUUUUAUAUUUUAAACUAAUUAAAAAAAUGAUCAUUUGUAUGAAAAUAAAUAUAAUAUUUUUUAUACUGUAUUUUGUUUCUUCGGUAAAAAUGAGAGAGCCAGUGUAUUAUGUUAGCCAAGUAAAUAAUUGGGAUGAUCGGCCUAAUAAUAUUGAAGUAACUCCAUUGAAAAACGAUCAUUAUUUUCGACCAGUCAGUAACGAAUGGAAAAAAAAUAAAUGUCAAUCUUUAGGAUUACAAUUUAAUGAAAUAAUUUUUCGUUCUUAUGAUAAUGACAUAUAUCUCAAUAAUACACUACCUAAAAUAUUAACAAUUCCAUCACUAACUUAUGAUGUAGAUCAAAAAAAUAACUGUAUUUUUGAAGCAUUAUCUCUUGCAAUUUGUGGGAAUAAAUCGUAUUUUAAACAAAUACGAGGUAAAGUUCUUGAUAACUUAAAAAAUAGUAAAGAAUUAAAAAACUUUCUUGGUAGCGAAAGAAGAUUUAAAAAUUACUUAUUAUUAAAGAACAACGGAAAUUUGGUUGAUGAUUACGGCUCGGUUACAGAAGUACUUGCUACUGCCGAAUACUUAGAUGUAUGCAUUUAUGUAUAUGUAGUUGAAUACAAACAAUGGGUUCUUCACCGAAAAGAUUGGCCAAAUUAUGAAUCUAUUAAUAUGAAGAGUGAAAAUUGUAUUUAUUUAAAAUUUUGUAACCAAAGUGCUUAUGUUGUUACUGCCAUUAGUAUCUUUUUUUAAGUUCACAAAAAUUAAAUAUAUAUUUAAAUUUCAUACUACUAAAUUCACAAUAAAUCAUAUAUGAGAUAUUUUCAUCAGAGUCGAAAAUAUACUUUUCUAAACUAAUUUUUCGCGCUGAUAUCAAAUCUGCAAUUAGAUUUUUUUCAUCAUCACUAAUAUUUUAUAUUAAUAAUAACUAGUUAAAAAUGAGUACUAACAUUUGAA